GGAUGUUUCUGAUUGCCCAAGAAAUGGUAUAAAAACACUCUCGGCUCUGGGCUGCUCCAACCGAUUCUCCCGACUCGCUCCGAGCUCCACUGGGCCCGACCUCCAUUCCAUCGUUCCGGAGCCAUUCCCAGGAGAUGUUUUCCUACAGACAGAGCUCCAGCUCCCGCUGCCUGGCUCCCUGCGCCGUCUCCUGUCCCCAGCCCUGCGUGGACGCCUGGAGCCAGCCCUGUGUCACCUCCUGCGGGGACUCCAGGGCUGUCAUCUACCCCCCGCCCGUGGUCAUGACCUUCCCGGGUCCCAUCCUCAGCUCCUGCCCCCAGGAGAGCAUCGUGGGGUCCUCGGCGCCCUCCGGGAACUUCUUGGGAUCUGGGAAUUUCCUGGGAUCCGGCGGUUCCUGCGGCUCCUACGGGUAUGGGAGGUCCUACUCGUCCUACGGAUCCUCUGGAUACUUCUCUGGGAGCUGCAGACCCUGUUAAAUAUCCGAGGAAUGAGCAGGAAGGAGCCAGGAGCCACCGCGGAGCCUCCUCCAGA